UAGCCCUUCCCUAAGUAUGCUAAUUUUAGUUCUGCAUCCACUAUGGCUGCAUCUAAAAAUUUACCUACUGAACUUCUUCUCUCAUCUUCUCAGCUGACAAUAGAUCAACUGUUUUAUGUUGCUGAUCUAUUGGAGAGAUGUGGUUUCCCUCAGACAAGAUGGUAUGAGCUGGGACUGACAGUAGGACUACAUAAGGACACACUGGACGCCAUUAAAAGGGACAAUGACACAACAGAUGAUUGUUUAACUGAAUUCCUCUCCAAGUGGUUGUCCAGAGCUGAUAGUGUUGACAGUAAAGGAGGAGCUACCUUUAACUCACUGUCAGAUGCUCUUAAAUCCAUGAAUGAGAAUGCUGUAGUUGAGAAGUUAGAUUCAAUACCGGUUGUUCAAGACUCGGUUCAAGACUGGG